GGCUCUUUGAUGUCCCUUCGUAUUAUCGGCCUUUCCCGAUGCUGUUCAUCUGGAAACUCGCGAUUCCUCGUUGUCCCUAGGGUUUACUAAGGGUUUCUCUCUAUCAGUCUCACUCUCUCUCUCUCUUUCUCUAUCUGAACUCAUCUCCCUUAUUCUCUCCAGAGCGUUCACUGCUCUAAGAGCUAGGGUUUUCGAUAUUCCAUCUGCUGGUAUAAUGGACAGAUACCAGAGAGUCGAGAAACAAAAAGAAGCUUCUCCGAUUAACGAAAAUGAGAUUCGUAUCACCAGCCAAGGCCUUAUCCGAAACUACAUCAGUUAUGCCACCAGUCUUCUUCAGGAGAAAGGCGUGAAAGAUAUUGUGUUGAAGGCAAUGGGGCAGGCAAUCAGCAAGACGGUGGCGAUCUCUGAGAUACUCAAAAAUAAAAUUCCAGGUUUGCAUCAAGAUGUUGCAAUCAGUUCUAUGAGCAUUACUGAUGUCUGGGAGCCUAUUGAAGAGGGUCUUGUACCGGUGGAGUUGACGCGCCAUGUUUCCAUGAUUUCAAUCACAUUGUCGCUGACUGAGCUAAAUAAAGAUUCUCCUGGGUACCAAGCUCCAGCACAGAUAGAUCAGUCUAAGCCUCAAUAUCAACCACAACAAGGAAGACAACCCCGUCUUCCGUACAAUGCUUAUGGUGAAGAUUCGUAUGGUCGAGGGAGAGGACGGAGCAGAGGAAGAGGCAGGGGAAGGGGUGGAUAUGGAAACUACCAAGGGGGUUAUCAAGGAAAGUACCAAGGGAACUAUCAAGAAGAUUAUCAAGAAAAUGAUGGCGGGUAUGCAAACUGGGGCAGAGUCCACGGAGGCCGUGGACGUGGCCGGAGCUAUGGCUAUCAUGGUGCUGGAUAUCAGGGUGGCAGAGGCGGGUAUGGUGGUGGCAGGGAUGGCGGAUAUGGUGGUGGCAGGGAUGGUGGGUAUGGUGGUGGAAGAGAUGGCGGAUAUGGUGGAGGGAGAGGGUAUGGAGGAGGAAGAGACGAUGGUCACGGUAGAGGCAGGGAGGAGGGAUUUGGCGGAAGAAGAGGAGGGUUACGUGGUGGUCGAGGUGGCGAGAGAGGUUACAGGUAUGGUGGUGGCAGAGAUGAUGGAUAUGGCGGGGGCAGAGGCGGAUAUGGUGGAGGCCGAGGUGAAGGUUAUGAGGGAAGUCGAGGAGGUUAUGGUGGAGGAAGAGGCUAUGGUCGUGGACGUGGAAGGAUGGGUAAUGGUGGCAGAGUCGGGCCUCCUUCGAUACCAAUAAGGCAAUAGCCACUUAGUUUAAUUGCCUUAGGCCACUUAAUUUGUUUGUAUUAUUAAGGGCCACAUCAGAUUGUUUGUUUCAGUUAGUAAGUUGUUCUUUUUUUUUUUUACUUUUAAACCUGUAGUCGUAAAUUGUUUUUUGGGGAUUCAAUAUGAAACUUAUUUAUAAAAAAAAAGCUAUGUAAAGGGGAUAUUUUCUCAACAUAUAUCUCUUCCCUUUCACAAAAAAAAA